CCUGGCCGUCUUUACCUUAUAUGGUAAUCAUAACCAUAUAUGUCACAACACAAACAUCUAUAAAUAAACGUUAUGAAUGAGUGUAAUAUGACCAUAUAUGAAGAAAGCGUAAUCAAAUAACGUGCGAGGGGUACCGAAUGGAGAAACAAGAAAAAAACAUCGUUGGAAUAAUCUCCCCUUUUGAUUGCACACGAGCUUUCAAACGGUUGAGAUCCGGUAUUGUAUACGUUUCACUUUGUGACCUUGUUUUGAGAUCAAGAAGUCAUUUCGGCGCUUAUAUAUUUCAGUUUUGUUUUUGAACUUGCAAUAGCUAUCUUUUAAUUGUGAUUUGGUGUAUUUCGACGUUGUUAAGUGUAUGAUUCAAAGUGGCAUUCAUUUUCGCGACCAAGUCCUAGUAACUCGGUGUGAGUGAACGAAGCAUUUGUGUUUACUUUUCAUCUUAAGUUCAACUGUGCGUUUUAUUACCCAUUUUGUGAUCUAUUAAAAACACGUGCUUCGCGCAUUUGGACACUUACAGUGUGUUUUACACUAGUGCAAUAAUUGACGCUUUUGAUGUGUUUAUAGUGACUGUGUGAUAUUUGCAUUGAAUGAACACUUACCAGUGGAUUGCAAUUUUGAGUGACACUUUAAUACUAAUUAUUAAAAAAACAGGUGCUUCGCGCAUUUGGACACAUUCAGUGUGUUACACACUAGUGCAAUAAUUGACACUUUUGACAUGUUCAUAGUGAUAUUUGCACUGAACACUGACCAGUGUAUUGCAAUUUUGACACUUAUUGAUUAUUGAAAACUAGUGCUUUUUAACUUGUGUGACCUUUAUUUUUAUUAAAGCGUGAUUGAUCUGUUUUGUUUAUAUUCUUUUUGUGUAGUUAGAUACACAUAAGACAAGUUUAGUCGUCCUUAUUAGUCUUGUUGCAAUAGUAUUGUUAAGGUAGUAUUUGGGUUGUUAAGACUUGUCUUUUUAUAAUUAGUAGAUUUAUUACGCAGGCUCUUUUGAACAGGAUGCAGUGUUGUGUCAGGAAGCAUUUUCCUUUUAUUUUUUCAGGUGCCCAAGACAGGAGAAAAGUGAACUGUAUUGCUGGGGACUCAAAUGCUCAUCGGAUUAAGGAUAUUCUUCCUGAUGAUAUAGCUGUCAAAUGCCUGCCAAUCUCUGAUGAGAAUAUGUAAUGACAAUGGUAUAGAACAGUAAUUACAGUUUCAGACAUUCGCCAACUCUGUUUUCAAAGGUGCCAAAUUUUCUUGUGAUCGUUUUCGCCAUGCAUUGUUGAGAGACUUGCGGAAGAUGGAUGUUCAACAGCUGUAUCUUCAUCUAGGUUCAAAUGACAUUCUUACGAAUGAAGCGGUGUUUUACCGAGAUGUAGCUGACUUGUGCGAUUUGGUGCAUCAGGAGGCGCACAAUCGGUGUCCAGAAUGCAGGGUUAUUUGCUCCAACGAAGACGCUUUGCUGAGCCACUUCUGCAGUCGCCACAUCAAGCAACCAGAGACUGGAAAAGAGAGUAAAAUUAAGCUGAUAGGCUCACCAAUGAUUGCAUCUGCUAAUAAUGAACUCAACGAAGUCAGCUCAAGGAAGUGGAAGGCAUGCUUGGAAAAUAGAAGUUUCCAUUAUGAAGGAACAUACAAACAUUUCCCACCCACCAUGUGGAUCAAGAUGUUUGGGCUGAUGAUUCUGGGUCGUAUGUGUGGACAAGGUGGGUCUUCAUUACAUCAUGAUACAGCUGUGUAUUCAACAACAUGUUAACCUGUCCCAGCGGAUGUUGAUGCUCUUAAAUGAUGUUGAGAAAAAUCCAGGACCGGAGUAUUCGUGCAAAUGGAUAUCCUGCAAGGAAGACUUCCACUCCAUAGGACAGCAAGAUGCACAUAUCAUCUCUCAUGUGGUUCAAGAGAAAUGCUGUAGAUGGGGAGACUGUACCAAAGUCCUGAGCU